AUGGUCGAGAAGAAACUUCCACAGGUUCCUGAGACCGUUUUGAAAAGAAGAAAGCAACGUAGCGAGGCUAAGGCUAAGGCCGUCCAGCACAAAGUCAAGCUUGCUGCCAAGUACAAGGAGAAGAAGGCCAUCAUCUUCAAGCGCGCCGAGAAAUACGUCCGCGAAUAUAGAGAUGCCCAAAAAGAUCUCGUUAGACUGAAGCGUGAUGCCUUGAAGAACAAUAGCAUCUACGUUCCUGAUGAGCCAAAGCUUGCCUUUGUCAUCAGAAUCAGAGGUAUUAACCAAAUCCAUCCUAAGCCAAGAAAGGCCCUUCAACUUCUCCGUCUCCGUCAAAUCAACAACGGAGUCUUCGUCAGAUUGAACGCUGCCACUCUUCCACUUCUCCGUAUUGUCGAGCCAUACGUUGCUUGGGGAUACCCCAACCAGAAGUCUAUCCAUGACUUGAUCUACAAGAGAGGAUAUGCUAAGGUCAACGGAAGCCGUAUCCCAAUCACUGACAACGAGUUGAUUGAGAAGGCUCUCGGCAAAUUCGAUAUCAUCUGUAUCGAAGAUCUUGUUCAUGAGGUAGCCACUGUUGGACCACACUUCAAGCAAGCCACCAACUUCCUCUGGCCUUUCAAGCUCAACAACCCCAACGGAGGAUGGACUAAGAAGACCAACCACUUCGUAGAGGGCGGAGAUUUCGGAAACAGAGAAGACCAGAUCAAUAAUCUCCUCAGGAAAAUGAUCUAA